AUGAAGCUCCUCUCCUACGCUCUUCUCCUGGCCACCGCGCGCGCAGCCUUUGCCGCCACGUCCUUCGCGGGCACUAACCUCUAUUAUGCUGCUGGCCUCUCUGCGUCACAGCGCGCGACGUAUCUCGAUGCGCUUCAGGGUGCUGGCAUGAAGGUCCUCCGCGUCUGGCUCGACGGUCAGAGCACUGCCUCGACGAAGAACACUCCCAUCACGUCCUACAACGACCUCGAGCCGAACUCUAUUGGCACGUUUGACGACACAGUCCUCAAUCUUCUCGACGCAUUCAUGAUCGACAGUCACGCGCGAGGGAUCAAGCUCCUCAUCAGCAUGCAUAGCUUCAAUGCCCUCAGCCGGCCUGACGUCUAUGGCAAGAUCUACGGCACAGGAUAUUUCUACGAAGAGUCUCAAGCGACCAGUCAAUUCGACAAUCGUCUCAAGCACAUCCUCAACCAUGUGCACAGUACACUCGGCAAGCCAUGGAAGGAGCUCAACCAGUACAUCUUUGCUUUUGAAGCUGAGAACGAGGCUAUGAUUGGCAAGGGCAUAGACUAUAUCACCGACCAUCAGCAGUGGCAGUGCGACAGAGCCACCACUAUCAAGAGCGUCAUCGGUGAUAACAGUGGUAUCCUGGUCACCACUGGCGGCGAGUCGUGGCUCGCAGAGUCCGUCAUGUCCGGAUGGCUCAACUGCGCGGCGCUUGACGUCGUAGCCAUCCAUGCCUAUGGAACCGGAGACUUCUCGACGUCUACUAUCCAAGGAUAUGUCAACCAGGCGACUGCAGCCGGCAAGAAGCUUCUUUUCCAAGAGUGGGGCGCCUGCUACUAUACCACGUCGAACAACGAUUGUCCUACCGGUAGCGCACUCUCCACUAGCACGCGUAACUCGAACAUCCAGACUUGGGCCCGCCAGAUUACCGCCGCCGGCGUUCCAUGGCUGUACUGGCAGGUCAUCCCGAACAAUGACCCUCAUUAUGGAUCUGACUUCGAGGUUGGCAUCGGAGAGAGCGGUUUCACGGCUCUCGCUGCCGUGUCAGAGGAGGCACUCAAGGCAUCGACCCCCUUCGAUUACUCCGCUUACCUGCUGUAA